CAAAAAAAUGAAAAGAAGGCAGCUGCUAUUUAGUGCGUGAUCGUCGGCGGUGAAAAUGUCAGGGACGAUGAAGUGGGCAGCUCGGAAGGAUCACCUAAAAGGCAUACCGAGAAAAGUCGUUAUAGCAGUCAUUGGUUCCUUUGCCAAAACGGUGACGUCUCUCAUCAACACAACCUCCGUUCACAACGCCGACACUCUCCUCCACCUCGUCCGCUCUAGACCUCAUGGCGUUCCCCUCAUCACCGUCAGCAAUCACAUGUCCACUUUGGAUGAUCCGUUAAUGUGGGGAUUCAAGGGUUUUCCAAUCUUUGAUACUGACAUAGCUCGAUGGGUUCUUACCGCUGAAGAUAUCUGUUUUCGAAACUCGCUCUAUUCUUAUAUUUUUCGCGUUGGGAAAUGCAUACCUAUUACACGAGGUGGUGGAAUUUAUCAAGAGCACAUGAAUGAAGCGCUUGAGCGCUUAAAUGAUGGAGAAUGGCUGCAUACAUUUCCAGAAGGAAAAGUGUAUCAAGAAGAUGCACCUAUAAGACGAUUGAAAUGGGGAACAGCUAGUCUAAUUGUCCGUGCACCUAUAACGCCAAUCGUAUUGCCAAUUAUUCAUCAUGGUUUUCAUGAGGUGAUGCCAGAGAAAUUUAUAUUUGGUAGACGACCUCCUUUACCACUAUGCAAUAAGAAGAUUAAUAUAAUUAUUGGCGAUCCAAUUGAAUUUGAUCUUCCAGCAAUGAGUCAAAUGGCUAUUGCCAAGUCUCGAAAUGGAUCAUUCCCUACUAUUGGGUGGCCCAGAACUUCCAAUGGUUUGGACGAGGCAGCGCAGCGAUAUCUGUACACUACAGUUUCAGAGCAAAUUCAAGCUGCCAUGGAGAGAUUAAGGUGUUAUGGUAAAAGUUUUCUGAAGUCAUAGAUAGGUUGAAUCACACCAAAGCCUUUUAAGAUGCCAUAAAGUUGUUCAUUGUAUUGUAUCAUUCUUUGUUAUUGUAAUUGAUGGUUGAGUGAGAACUCUCAAUUUGAGGUUCUUAGAGUCAAGUUGCCAAUAGAAAAUUUUAGUUUUGGAGGGGGCAUUGACUAUACCCUCCAUGUACAGCCCAAAAUUAGAUGGGCUAAUAUUUCAAAAAUCAAUUUUUCAGAAAAAUGAAAACAAUUGUUGGCUCAAUCCUCAGGGUAGGAUAAGGGAUAAAUCCUAUUUAGUAAUUUUGUUGUACUUCUAUAAGAAUUAUGCAUGGAUUUUUCUCUGCA